UAAUAGGUUUCGUACUGUGUCCGUGAUCGGAGCACAGGUUAGAGACGUUUAAAAGGCGCUUCUUCUGGAGUAUCGUACGAACUACGCUCCACUACGCUCCGUGCGAUGACUCAUGGUGAUAUAUAGCAGCGAUUUUUGGAACUUUAGCCUCGCUGAGACAUUUACAUACAAAUAUCGACCUCCCAUAGUCGGAUAGUCGUUUCAAUAUUCCAAAGCGCGUUCCGCCUGAUACUCCACGCGUGUGCAUCUUUUCACGAUUGACAUCGUCGCCAAGUAGCAGUUGAUUGACAGGAUGGACGUCCUGAACAAGCUUCGCAACACAGUCAGCAACACUAUCAGCAAUACCGUCCAAAACACAGCGUACGGUCUGUCGCAGCUGUCCAGCGUUCUACCUGGCAAUCCAGUCACCAGGGAGUUCGAGGCGACCGCUCACGUUGCGAGCGCUGGCCCAGGAUUGUUGUGGAAGAUCUACAGCGGCUACAAGAAGUCCACUAAGCAAGAGGCAGCUAUUUUCGUUUUUGAGAAGCGCAUGCUGGAGAGAUGGUCCGCCAGGGCAGAUCGGGAGCUUGUGCUGGAAACUCUGAAGCGAGGCGUGAUGCAGUUAACGAAGUUGAGGCACCCGCAGGUUCUGACCGUGCAGCAUCCACUUGAGGAGUCGAGAGACAGUCUGGCGUUUGCGACCGAGCCAGUGUUUGCUAGUCUGGCUAAUGUACUAGGUAAUUAUGAGAAUAUACCUCAACCGACUCCAGGAAACUUGAAAGACUACAAGCUGCACGAUAUAGAAAUACGGUAUGGAUUGCUGCAACUGGGAGAAGGUCUGGCAUUUUUACACGGCGAUGUAAAACUGUUACACAGAAAUUUGUGUCCAGAAUCGAUUGUUAUGAAUGUUCAUGGAGCUUGGAAGAUAUUUGGUUUUGACUUUUGUGCCUUAAAUCAAAAUUCAGAUAGUAAACAGCCAACGUGGUCUUACCUGGAAUAUGAUUCUACGCUCCCGGCGGUUGUGCAACCUCAUUUAAAUUAUCAGGCACCCGAGUGCAUAUUAGCGAGUAGCAAUGGACCACCUAGCGAUAUUUUUGCCCUGGGCAUGCUGAUAUGUACGAUACAUUCCUCGGAACAUCAACCACUGCUGGAAUCUCACAAUGAUUUAGGAAAAUGCCGACGUUUCUUGGAAAAUUUCAAAGGAACUAAUGUCUCGGCAAAGCUUCUUCCAAUCCCCGAAAGUCUAAGAGAUACUGUAAAACUCAUGCUAAGUCAUAAUCCUGAAUUGCGAUUAGAUGCUCAUCAAUUUAUCAAGAUCGAAUACUUCACAGACAUUGGCGUUAAGACGUUAAAUUAUUUGGACAAGUUAUUCCAGUGGGAUAAUCUCCAAAAGUCGCAAUUUUACAAAGGUCUUCCACAGUUAUUAAAACAGUUGCCACACAGAGUUGUGCUACAUAGAGUAUUACCUGCACUCUACAAGGAAUUAGUUAAUCCACCUAUGAUACCGUUCGUAUUGCCGAGCAUAUUGCAAGUAAUGGAGGUUACCGAAGUAGAGGAAUUUCGAGAACAUAUCCUACCUAAUCUAAAACCUGUUCUUGCUUUAGAAGACCCGCCACAAAUUAGUCUGGUUCUUAUGCAACAAGUAAAUUUAUUAUUGAAAUUGUGCCCCACGGACGUCAUUAAGACCGACAUAGUGCCUAUGCUACUGCGUGCUCUGGAAUCCGAAUGGGAACAGCUCCAGGAACUCUGCUUAUCGGCUCUGCCGAAUAUAGUGACGAUGAUCGAGGGACCAGUCAUAAAAAAUUCCAUACUUCCACGGAUGAAAAAGAUAUGUUUGUCACCGGGAAAGAAAUCUACUAGUCUUGGAGUACGCGUUAAUUGCUUACUGUGUCUCGCGAAAAUGCUGCCGAGUUUCGAUCGCUGGCUGGUAUUCGAUCAGAUAUUACCAUUCCUUCAGGAAGUUCCUCAUUCUGGCGAACCGGCAAUUUUGAUGGCUAUUAUAGGUAUUUACAGAAUGUUGCUUACUCACGGUAAGCUAGGUAUGGGCAAAGAAAUAUUGGCAACGAAAGUACUACCGUUUCUGUUGCCUCUCUGCAUAGAACAAAAUCUUAGCAUGACACAAUACGAGGCACUUUCCACGCUAGUCGUCGAUAUGAUAAAUCGAGUAACCAGCGAGCAUCGAGAGGCAUUACGACAAUUGGAUGCGGUGCGCCGUGAGACGCAACAACUCGAUCAGGCACUUUCUCAAGUGACGUCGCCCACUUUUAUGCAAAACAACAGUCUAAGCGACAUUAAUCUAUCGCCUCAAGUUCUAUCCCCGAACGCUAAUACUAAAACAGUAAAUAUUGAAAAUGGAUUAACCAUCGAAGACAAGUACAGAUUAAUUCAACAGCAAGAAACGCAUCAAAGAUUGCAGUCUCAAUCUAUGUUGACUCCUAAAGCUGCGCCACAACCUGUAAAGUCACAGCCAAAGGAUUUAACUGCGACUUUGUUAAAAAACAAUCUAGACGAAUUAAAUCUGUCUAUGUCAAGAUCGACCAUGUCACAACCGGAUUACUCGGCUACUAAAAAUGCAUAUAAAUAUAACGACAUUGGUCUAACGCAAUCGCAAUUUUUAACAUCUCCAACGCUUAAUUCGCAAACAACAUUGAAUAGGCCAAUGAAUUGGAAUUCCAAUGGAAUGAACGCGCCCUUGAACUGGAAUUCGCCACAAUCUACCUUGAUGUGGAACUCUGUCAUUCCCCAGAAUAAUGUAAAUUUUGCAGCACAACCAGAAGUUAAACCAAACUUAAACUUUCCUGGAACUAUGCAACCUCUUUUGUCGCCCACUAAUAUGCAAACCAAUACGAACAAACCUAAUUCAUCCACGCAAGAUAUCAUGGAUUUGCUUAGUUAAUGGAUUUAAUUCUAAUACAAAAGAUAAUGCCGUUUGGACAUCACUGGUAAAGGAAUCAUAUACCAGUACGUUUCUUUGUGGGUCUCUUUUUAAAAUAUUUUUACACUAUGUCGUCAAGUUUUAAUUGUUCUGCAUAAUCAUUUCAGCAAGAAAUGAUUAAUU